GUUGCGUCUCUGUCGUGCUGUGUUUUUGGAGAGGAAGCAAGAGGGCUAAGGAGCGGUACUGAGCAACCUCCGGCAGCUGGAGCAGGAUGGGCAAGAAAAAGAAGGAAGAGAGCACCUCCGAGCCCUACGGGGAACCAGCCAAAUAUGAUCCGACUUUCAAGGGCCCAAUCAAAAACAGGAGUUGCACCGACAUCCUCUGCUGUGUGCUGUUUAUGGCCUUCAUUGUGGGUUACAUGAUCGUGGGGAUCUUGGCCUGGUUAUAUGGUGAUCCACGUGAAGUGAUCUAUCCCAGGAACUCCACUGGCAUGUACUGUGGCGUUGGGAGUAAUGAGGGUAAACCUUAUGCCUUCUACUUCGACAUCCUGAAAUGUGCCUCUCCGACAGGCAUCCUGGCCUCUGCCCUGAAUGGCCUUCAGUGUCCAACAACUCAGAUCUGUGUUUCACAGUGUCCCAGUAAUUUCUGGAUUCCAGCAACGUCAUUUGUACCUGGAAUUUCACCUUCAAAUGUCUUCAAUCAGAAAUACUGCAACCCUUCCAUUGACCUGUCGACCACCACACUGACACCACAAGAUAUUUUGUUGAAAGAACUGUGUCCGAAAUACACUAUUCCAAGCACACCUUUCCUCGGUCGGUGCGUGCCAAAGAUAGGUGAUGCAUUCCCUGCGAACUUUACCCUUAAUGAUGCUGGCACUGCCAAUGAGACAGCUGAACAGGUGAAAAAUGCUGUUGGGGAUCUACUGGGUAGCUUCAAUGCCAGGGAGGUAGGGAUGAGGAUUUUUGAAGAUUUUACCAAGUCCUGGUACUGGAUAUUAAUUGGCCUGGUAAUCGCUAUGAUUCUGAGUCUGCUGUUCCUGGUACUCCUGAGGUUCCUUGCGGGAAUUCUGGUCUGGGUCAUGAUCAUUGCUCUGGUUGCUGUCAUUGCUUAUGGAAUUUGGCACAGCUACUGGGAAUAUGACAACCUCAAAAAACAAGGAGCUACCAUCACGACUAUUGGAUUCACCACGGAUCUCCGGGUCUACGGACAAGUCAAGGAGACCUGGCUGGCUGUCUUGAUCAUCCUGGCCGUCCUGGAGGUUAUCAUCCUGCUGCUCCUGAUUUUCCUGCGGAAGAGAAUCCUUAUUGCGAUUGCACUCAUCAAAGAAGCCAGCAAGGCAAUCGGUCACAUCAUGUCAUCACUUCUCUAUCCCUUAAUCACCUUUGUACUAUUGGUGAUUUGUGUGGCUUACUGGGGAAUGACCGCUCUAUAUCUUGCCACUUCAGGGGAGCCACUGUAUCGGGUGGUGAAUUUGGGCCCAUCGAAUCCCAGCUGCAAUGCCAUCCUUGGCAAUGAAACCUGUGACCCCUUAUCCUUCAAUGCUUCCAGCUACAACUGUGAGGGUGUAAAAUGUGCCUUCUACAAGUACAACGACGAGGGAAUCUUGCAGAGGAACCUCUUCAAUCUCCAGAUUUACAACAUCGUCGGCUUCUUAUGGUGCAUGAAUUUUGUCAUCGCGCUGGGCCAGUGCACCCUGGCAGGUGCCUUUGCUUCCUAUUACUGGGCCUUCAAAAAACCAGCAGAUAUUCCAUAUUUUGCAGUGUCUGGUUCCUUCAUUCGCGCCCUCAGGUAUCACACUGGAUCUCUGGCCUUUGGAGCAUUGAUCCUAACCAUUGUUCAGUUCAUAAGAAUCAUCCUGGAAUACUUGGAUCACAAGCUGAAAAAUUAUCAUAAUCCCUUUACCAAAUUCCUGCUGUGUUGUCUUAAGUGUUGCUUCUGGUGCCUAGAGAAAUUUAUCAAGUUCAUAAAUCGUAAUGCCUACAUCAUGAUUGCUGUCUAUGGUAAGAAUUUCUGUGUGUCAGCCAAGAAUGCAUUCAAGCUGUUGAUGAGGAAUGUGGUCAGGGUGGUGGUGCUGGACAAAAUCACAGACCUGCUGCUGCUUUUCGGGAAGCUCCUUGUUGUUGGUGGUGUGGGUGUUUUGGCAUUUUUCUUCUUCACUGGAAGGAUAAAAAUUCCUGAUCCGACAUUCCAGGCUCCUACCCUGAAUUAUUAUUGGCUGCCAAUACUGACUGCGGUGGUCGGGUCCUAUAUGAUAGCCCAUGGGUUCUUCAGUGUUUACAACAUGUGCGUCGACACACUGUUCCUCUGCUUCUUGGAGGAUCUCGAGAGGAACGACGGCUCAGCAGAAAAGCCUUAUUACAUGCCCUCUUCUCUGAUGAAAAUUCUCAAUAAGAAAAACAAACCUGUCAAGUCCAAGGAGAAGAAAUAAUCUCCCAGCUGCUUGCAAUUUCAGAUGUUGUAAGACUGAACGCCAUUCGUUGCAUUUCUGAGGGGAAGAGAGCUGACUUGGGAUGGGUUUGGGGGUUGGUGUGGUGGGGAGGGUUAGCCGAAAUACAGCAUCAAAACUACCCAGUAGAAUCCCUUUUCUGGAACGUCCCCUCCCAACAAAACUGGGUGUGGAUCAACGGCCCACUCCUAGAGUACAUCAGAAAUAUGAGGCCUGCUUCCCACUUCUGCUGUGAUCUUCCCAUCGUGGCGACUGCCUCUUCCCUUGUUCCCUUACCAGUUCUGAGGGAUUCUACUGAUACACUAUGGCACCUUAUUAACCAUGUCCAGGAUUGGCUGAGUGAUGCCUUCCAGGGCCCAUCAGCUGCUCAAAGUAGUACUUUGAUUUUAUUUAACAAUAGUUGACCCAGCAAUAUUGUUGAUUUCAGUCUUCCGUGGCCUUAAUCCAGGGGGAAUUAGAUGUGUUGCUGUUACUAUUUACCACUUGUGCCUUUUGAAAAAGUGACUUUUUUCCCCUGAAGAAAAUGACCUAAUUAAAUGCACUUUUGCUCUCGCUCUCGCUCUCUCGCACGCUCUCCCCUCAUUUCCUCGCAUUCUCUGCUCUUUUUUCCCCCCAGUAGAAAAAUAUUCUAAUUGUUUCUUGUGGCCUAAACAAAUAAUUUACCCACAUGUACCUACCUCCAUUAUGGAAAGGUUUUCUCUUGUUAUAAAAUCAAACCAAGCCCUCCGAUUAUGGAUGGGCUCACAGCAGCCAGAACCAGGCAGGAAGUCCUUGAUGUGUGGCCCUGAGAGAGCACCAGUGUGAAAUUUAACUUCCUCCUAUAUGCCAUCUUUUUCUUUAAUGUGCAUUUUCACUUCCUUCCUCCCUCUUUGCCUAUCUCUUACCUUCCAUACCUCCCCCUCUCCAAUUUCCUCCCUUCCCCUUACCCUUUUUGAGCACCUACUUGCUCUGUCUCUCUUCUUUGUCUUGACUUCUCCUUGCCCCUCUCCUUCUGUGUCUUUGGCCUUCCCCCUCUUGUUCCAGUAUCCCCAGAUAUGAUGUGUAGGGGCUGUUUUAUGCCCUAGUCCUUUAAAUGGUGUGUACAAUUGAGCCAAGUUGGGGCUAGCAGAGAAACAUAAAAUAAAGACAGGCCCAUGACAAGAAUGGAUCAGACCCCUGUGUACUGAUGACUGUCACCAGAACUGUUCUGUACAACGUCUUCAUUGAAACCACCGCAUUACGUGUGGUUCCACUGGGAUUGACAUAGGGACAAGGGUGAGGCUGGGUCUGGGGCGGGAAGGAGAGGGAUUAGUGUGCAGUGUAGGGGGCCACUGUAGCUGGAUCUGAUCUGCAGCUCGGUGAAUGCCAAGCCUUUUCCAGUCUCUGCUUUCAUUAACCCUCUGCAUGCUGGUGAGUUUGAGGGAAAGUGAUGUCAAGUAGCAUCUCAGUACUGCAGCUAUUGGCUUUGUUUCUUGGUUCAGAUCAAUCAUAUUCUGGAGGGUAGAGGAGUUUGGGUCUGACAGUGAGUCCAUUAUUGUGGAACUGCCUGGUUCUAUUCUGGUGGAAGAAGUGAGGUAUUCUGUGCAGCAUACGGAACAGCUAUAGCUGGAGUUUGGUGACCAGCAACAAAAAGGAAAUGAUUUUUGACUUCUGCAGUCUGAUCUUGGUGAAUGUACGUGGGUGGGGUUGGCAAGAUCAGUCAGCUGUUAAUUGAGCAUCUGCAGUACUUUGACCCCCCCCCCCUCCCCCCCACUCCCAAUCUACCCCACUCAACCACACAAUCUUGAACUCUAAUAACAUUCACUGGAUAUCAAAUCCUUUUGCUUCUACCGCCUUUUCAGGGGAGGGUGGGACAGCUGUGUUCUUUCAACAUAACCUUCCACCUUUCAAAGGAUGGAACAAAAUUUCUGAAUGUAUUCUAAAAGCCAAACAAAAUCCAGCUGAAAGGUUAAAGUUGGUCUUGGGGUCCAUCAACAGUUCGACUCACUGGCUGACUGCUUCAGAUGUCUCCCAUCUGAGAAUUUUUUUUUCAUGCACCGGGAGAAAACUGUAUCCUUCUGACUUUAUUUUUAUUCUUUUGUCUGUCUCUCUGUUGAGAUGCUCAUCUGCCAGUGAGGAGGGGGCUCCCUCAUUCCCUGUUGUUGAGACCAUUUGGUUAAGACCCCGUACUGCUGACUACUGUUCACAGCCCUGGUGUCACCAGCUUUACUGCCCAGCACUAGUGGUUUAGUUUCACUGACUUUUCAUACAUCACUGAAGGAUCCAUUAUUUCCCUCUCUCCCCAUGUACCCUUCUCUCCCUCCCCAUCUCCAGAACGGUAUGCCGAAGUCAUCCUUCAGGGUGAAAACUUUUCUUUUAAACGUAACUUCUCCAGCUUAAAACAUUUUGUUCAAAUUCUUGCUCAUCCCUCAAAUCUCCUUCUAUGUGAUGUUAAUGGUGUGGAGCUGGUUUGUACCAGUAUUAAUAUCAAUCUUGGCAUUUUCCUGGGCUGUGAUUUUACUGCUGGGUUUAAACAUGCUUUACACACAAUUCUGGUGAAUUCCUGAUUGGCAUGAAAUCCAACUUUUAAAAAAAAAUUAAAUGUUUAAUUUGAAACAACAGGACCUUCAUUGUAACCUUGUUGGUUAACUCAGCUGCUGGACAUCUAGUUUGUAAUGCAGGGUGACACCAACGGCACAGGAUCAAUUCCUGCACCAGAUAAGGUUGCACUGAAGGCCCCACCUCUUCAACGUUGGCCCUCACUUGAGAUGCGGUGACCCUUGGGUUACACCACUGUCGUCACCCCUCUUUAAUGAGGGACCAGCUCUCUGCCCCUACAGUGACUUUACCUUUACUAGCUCCGAGCUGAGUGACUUCCAAUUGAGUGAGAAUUUCGGGGUGGGAUUGGGAAAUGGGGAUGUGAAUGCAGGGAAGGUGGGUGUUGGUUAGGAUUUUCCCUAGGAGAACACUUACAACACGCCAUAUUUGCUGCAAAAGUGAAAAAAGAUUGGGAAGAUUCUCUACAUUUGAAGACCUCAUGAUCAAUCCGAUUUCUGUACUGUUUCUCUCUGUCUCUCAGUUUCUAGUAUCCAACUGCGAUUGCACUUUGAGAUUAUUUAUUUAGGCAGCCAGUGAUUGAACAAGGGCGAACAGCUUCUUCUCUCCGAGCCUCAUUUUGUGUUGGGGGCAUGGGGGUGGGGCGUGCAGAAAUGAAUUGGCACUCUGACACUUCAACCUGUUCACUGAGGAGGCUGAUGAUAGCGGCAGGGCCUGACGUCUGCAUGAAGCCACUCCUUGGAGCAUACUGCUGGAUGUAUCCACACUGUGAACACAACCUGUAUCUGUCUGCAUUGUUUUUAACAUGUGCCUUGGAGAUGAUGGGGUCAGGGAGUGGGUGCGUGGUGUAGUGGAAUUGGUUUUCUCUUGCUAUCUGAGCCAAAUUGAGGUGACCCAGUCUGGACCUCAGUUAGUGCAUCUAGCAGUUUGGAUUAAAUUUGCAUUUGGGUUGAUUUAUAAUUUUUAUUUUCCAUUGUGUAUUUUAAGAUGUGCCUUGCACAUCUCCCUGCUUGAUGAGCUGAGGAUAGUUUGCUUCUGUACAAAAUAAUUUGGAAUGACACCAAGCCAAACACGAGCCUGGUGGAAAAUCCUUCCAGAUUUUAACUUAUGAUCAUGUGUGGACUGAGAGUUGACUGAGUGCAAGAGUGGGAUUGGUGCAGUAUAUCGUACUGCACCUCAAUGCUCAGCCUGACACAUCUUUUACAUUGAAGUCACUGCCAGUGAUUUUUAUACCAUACUAAUUGCUUCCAAGGAUGAACAACGUGAAUUUUAUAUCAAAGAUUAACAUUAUUAAUCGGCGUGCAUUGGCCAUGAGUGUGUCAUAUGAAUGCUGAUGCUGGCAUCCAAGCUAAACUGUUGGAAUAGUCAUGUUUCUUUUUAAAGUUUUAAUAACUCAGUACUUUUUGAUCCACCUCCACCCCAUGAUAAGUGAUCAGCCACUCAUUUUACAGUAACCUCAGAUUCUGUAACCUGAUAAUUUAAUCUAAAUGGCACUUUUUCUGAAUGAGAAAUCAAAUGUUUGUAAACAGUAUUGGAAUUAAUAUCCAGGCUGUAAACCCUGAUUCUCCAGCACUUUCUCAGAAUAUCAUUGCACUAGACUAUGGACUGGUUCAGUCAUUUUGCUUAGACUGAAUUUAGCUGUUGAUCAGUUUUUGUUUUCAUAAAUGUUUCACAGCUGUGUUAAUAAAGUUAAUUGUGAAUGA